AUGCUCUGCGCUUGCCUGGCUGCUGCAUUCGUUUUCCUUGUCAUAUACCUACUAUGGCCUGUUCUGGUUUACUUCGUGUUCCGUAUCUUUUUGUGUAAACGAGGUGAUCUGAAAAAAGCUGGCGAGUGGGCCAUUGUCACUGGGGCAACUGAUGGCAUUGGGAAGGCUUUUGCUGAACUGUUGGCCAAAGAAGGAUUGAACAUCUUCCUCAUCAGUCGCACGGAGGCGAAAUUAUUGGCAGUUGCGGCAGAGUUAGAGAAGAAAUACAAUGUGAAAACGAGGAUUUUUGUUGCUGACUUUGCAAAGGAGAACUUUUCGUAUGAUCAGUUGCAGUCCGAAAUCGAGGGACUCUCGUCAAUUUCCUGUCUUAUCAACAGUGCUGGUAUGUCUUACGUAUACCCAGACGCCCUACACAGCAGUCCAUUUCUCACUCCCUCAUUCUGUCAAGACAUUGUCACAAUCAACGUCACUACACUAACAAAACUCACACGCCUUAUCCUCCCCAAAAUGAUCAGCGACCCCUUGCCUGUGCAUGGUGUCCGCCGCUACGUAAUCAACAUGGGCUCUUUAUCUGGUUUACUAACGACCCCUUACCUCACUGUCUACGGGGCUACCAAAGCUUAUAUUUGCUCCUUCACCAAAGCUCUGGCAGUUGAGCUGAGGGAUACUCGUGUCCGUGUGCAGAUGUUUGCUCCAUCAUUCGUCUCCACUAAGAUGUCGGGAAUUAAACGCACCUCAAUUUGGGUUCCCUCGGCUGAAACCUACGCCAACUCGGCUUUGUCCAUGAUCGGCGUUGAGACUAUUGGUUGUGGGUACUUUAUUCAUGCCCUCAUCUGGCAAUUUUUGUGCCUGGUUCCCUCUUGUCAGCUCUCCUCUUACAUGGCCAAGCGAAUGCUUAGCGCACGCGAGAGACACCUUCGUAAACAGAAGACCAACUGA